AUGGGUCCGACCACCGGGUCGUACCGCGCGUACGUCGCGCACGUGUGGUCGCUCCCGGAGCACGACCUGAAGAAACUUCGAGGCGCCGCGGCGACGUCCGCGUCGGCGUCGGUAUCGCCCGUGUCGUCGUUCGCGGGACCGUGGAUGGGGACGCGCGAUGGGGGCUCGGAUGGACGGAUGGAGCGAGACGGGUGA